CGGCCAGGCGUGGCAGGUCCAGGGCUCCGCAGCGCGGGACCAGCAUCCCUGCUGCGGGAUCCUGCUGCUGGAAGCUGGAAGCGGAUCCGACCUUGACUCAAGACUGACCCUGAGUUCCCGGGGUGGGACCUUGGGGGUUGUAGGGACUGGGAAAAAGCUUAGGCUCCCUGGACUCUAGGAAGGGCUGGCGUGAGGAGGCGUCCCGGAGGAAGCCGAGCCCCCCGGGAGCUGGGGACAGCGGCGCUGGGAGGCAGUCACGUCCUGCGCUGGCGGGCGGGAGGCCAGGACCUGCAGUUAUUUCGGGAGGCGCCCUGGUUCACAGCACUUCCAGCCGCUCCACUGCCUGAGCUCCCCCUGGGCCCAGGGCUGGAGCAAAAAUGCCUGCCCUUCACAUCGAGGAUUUGCCAGAGAAAGAAAAGCUGAAGAUGGAAGUUGAGCAACUUCGCAAAGAAGUGAAGCUGCAGAGACAACAGGUGUCUAAGUGUUCUGAAGAAAUAAAGAACUAUAUCGAAGAACGUUCUGGAGAAGAUCCACUGGUGAAGGGAAUUCCAGAAGACAAGAAUCCCUUCAAGGAAAAAGGCAGCUGCAUUAUUUCAUAAAUAACUCUGGGGAGAAACCUCAUCCUCAGUGAAAGAGAUAGUUGUUUUAGUUUCCCCAAAUAAAACCUACCAGCCUUUUAAGGAAGAAAAAAUGAAGUCUAAAGAAGAAAUCUCUUAAGCACUAUAUUGAUAGGUUUAUGUAUAAAAGCAUAUCUGCUUCUCAUCUUUGCUCACUGUAUGCCCUUUUUAAGAGGACAGAAUAUCUGAUGUACAAUUAUGGAAUUAAGGACAUGAAUUGUGCAUGACUCACCUCUUUUAAUAUGUUGCUUGAUGCCCCAAAUAAAGUUUCAUCUUGGGAAAAUAA